AAUUUAGACACUCUUGUGGCUGACCGUCUGAAGUGCGCAUUUGUGAGAGAGCACGUGUGAGCACGUGUGUGUCAGCGCAUGAGUGUGCAUAAGUGCGUGCGUGCACGUGAGUGCCUGUGUUUGAGCAUGUGUGAGUGUCCGUGAGUGUGAGAGAGCAUGUGUGCCCUCCCAGCAGUCCUGCAGGGAGGCUCUGUCCGGAACCCAGUGAGGGGACAGGGAAACAGGAAGGGCUGUGACCGGGCAGCAGGCUGCAGCCCCAGACCUCUGGAGCAGGGCUGGGACUUGCGUGUGACGCCCAGCUCUGCCACCCACUGGGAAAGGCACCCCAGUGCAUGGUGGGUCCGAGUGGUCCAGGCCAGUCCAGUGCGCCACCACCCCCCGCAUCCACCCCGGGUCAGGUCAGAUGUGUGCGCACCAGGGCCGGCCCAGGGGAGGUCUGUUGGUUUGUGAUGCAGAAGCUUCUGGAAGGGCCUGGCAGCCUCCCCUGGACUGUGGCCCCGCUGGAGCAGGGCCAGCCUGAGCUGGGAGGACAGAGCAGGGCAGCCUGCGAGACUGCGGGGUUCCCCUGUUGGCCCGCGGCUCUCGGGACUCCUGUUCCUGCAAUAGGGGCCAAAUAAGAUAGGGAGUGUGGUCCCCUGAGUCAGCCUUGCCUGGGCCCUCUUCAAAGUCGGGGCACACCCAAACCUGGUGCCUCAGACUGGGGAGGGUUGGCUUGGGACACUCGGGUUGGAAUCGCUGGGCGUUUGUUGCGGAGUUAUGGGGAGGGUGCUGAAGUUGCGGGAGAUACCAGUAGGGCACAGUGACAGAGACAGUGCUUGCCUCCCACGGAGGGCAGAUGGGCCUCGAACAGCUGGGAGUGGCCAGGCCAGGAUCCAGGGCAACGCUUAGCAACCUGUGCUGGUCCCUGGGGUGUUGGGUGCAAAAGAGGCCCGGGCCCUGGGGCUGAGCCCCACAUGCCACCCCCUCCCACUGCCUGGCUGCCGGCCCUCACUGCCCCGUGCCAAGGGGGAAGUAACCCUCGAUCGUGCUGAGUCACUGAGAUGGGCUGGGGGUCUGGGUGGCCCUGACCUGGCUGGCGCGCGAGGGGCCUGGUGCUGAGAGGAGCACGCGGGACGGGAAGGGGCAGGUGGGCCAUCCUUAGACCCGAUUUUUGGACAAGGAGAGGUGGGAUAGAGGCUCAGGGUCGGCAGAGCACAGGCCCCAGCACGAGAACCCAGGUGGUUUUUAGAAGCCAUACUUGCCACUUCCGAGGGAGACCUUAUUCCUGCCCUCACGGACGUGCACAUCCCCAACAGGGUGGCGGGAAACGGCACAGUUGUGGGGGUCAGAGGGCCUCCGUGUCGCUGGGCUCAUGUCAAGGAGUGGGUGGGGCUGGAUCCUUCUGCAGCCUGGGGGAGUGGGGGGGGUACGCUUCUUGGCCUCUCCCAGAGGCCACCACAGCCCCUGCUCCCAGCCCAUCCCCCAUCCUGGCAGCGGGACAGCAUCUUGGAGUCUCCUGCCCGGAGAGGCCAGCACCCACCUCUAUCCCCAUGACGAAGACCCUGACACACACACGCGGUGCCCACCAGGACGUCUCCUCUCAAGGCCUUGAGCUUGGCCACGAGUCCCUUCAGCCACAUCAGAUCACAUUCUCAGUUCAGGGCUGGGAGCCCAGGCAUCUUUAGGGUCCUUCACCCAGCCCACCCCUCACGAGACUACGUGUCAGAGGAAAACUGAUCAGAGGAGGGGCACCCUGGGCCAAGAUGGGCACACUUGGGGCAGGGGUGUCUCGCCUUUGGGCGAAGUACGGAGCAGGUGUUCCUGGACAUGAGGCUGUCAGGAUGUCCCUCGGCCCCUUGGGGAGGAUCAGGGCUCCUCACGUGCCCCUGCACUGUGUGUGACCUCAGCAGCUGCUGUCUGCUCUCUGCCCUGCUCCCCUUAGUCUCCCUUACCUUGGGUCCCAGCCUCUCUGCCCGCUGGCCACUCUGUGCUGGGCUCCCUCUGCUGGCCGACUCAGCUCCCGUGACCCUGCACCUCCCUCCUGGUCUCUCUUCCCCUGUGUCUCCAGCCUGUCUCACACACUGGCUGUAUUGGUCGCUUGCCCCCUGCAUUUCUCUGUCUCAGAGCCCAGGGGUACAGUAUCCACCUGCCCAUUCUCCUUGCAGCUGCCAGUGUCCUUGUGUCUUCUGUGGGCAGAUCCAUGGGACACAGCACAGAGUCUGCCAGGGACUUCUGGGAAAACAUCUUUCCUGAUCGGAAACGAGACCUGGCAUGGGAGUCCUUGCUGCCUGCCUGCCUUGACAAUGGAUGCCGUGGGCCCAGCUUCCAACACACACACAAACACGUGAGGACAAGGAGCUAUUCUCUUAAGAGAGAAAGAGGAAGCAACAUUUUGUCUGUAAUUACAAAACACCGUAAGCCAUCUCUUCAGGGUGCUGUUUUAACCGGAAGGAAGGAAGAAGAAACUCGGUGAAGGCAGAGGGACUUCUCAUCUUGAACCAUCAACAGCAGAAUCCCAACCAGAGACCUCCUUGAACCUGCUGCAGAACGAGGACAGGCACACGGCCCACACAGCUGAGGAAGUCGGGCGAGAUGGACUGUGACAGCGCUGAGGUUUCCGUAAUUCCUGGGAUCCAGAAAGAAGAGAAGGCGGCCGUGGAGAAACGCAGCCAACAGGUGCUGGCGGCUCUGAAAAAGCUGAACAUCGAGGCCGAUGAGGCCCCGGUCAUUGCCGUGCUGUGCUCCGGUGGGGGGCUGCGGGCCCACAUCGCCUGCCUGGGGGUCCUGAGUGAGCUCCAAGAACUCGGCCUGUUGGACGCUGUCACAUACCUGGCAGGGGUCUCGGGGUCCACCUGGGCGAUGUCCUCGUUCUACAAUAACGAGGGUAACACGAAAGACACAGAGGAUGACCUGAAACGUCGAUUCGACCAGAAGGACUGGGACCUGACCCAGAGCAUGUACAGAACCAUCCAGGCGGCAAAGGAGGACACUUACUCUCUGACCGACUUUUGGGCCUACAUGGUGGUCACCAAACAUACCCGAGAACUGCAGGAAUCCUGCUUGUCCAGCAUGAAGCAGCCUGUGGACGAAGGAAGGCUGCCCUACCCGCUCUUUGCAGCCAUCGAUGUUGACUUCCAAACCGCCUGGAAGGAGAAGAAAUCCCAGAAGACCUGGUUUGAGUUCACGCCUCACCACGCCGGCUACCCUGCGCUCGGGGCCUACGUCUCCACCACCCACUUUGGAAGCAGAUUUGAGAACGGGAAACUGAUCGAAGCUAAGCCUGAGCGAGAUCUGGCCUUCCUGAAAGGUUUAUGGGGAAGCGCUCUAGCUAGCAUGGAAGCCAUUAAGGAGUGCAUUAUGGAAAAGUUACAGAAAUGGAAAGAAAGCUUGCAUCCGAAGUGUGAGUACAGAGAAGUAACCUUGAAAGGCAUGGCCAUCAACAAGUCCGGUCACGUCGGUCUCACAGGUCAGUCACACGGCCCCCAGAGGAGACUGCAGUACAGCAUGCCCAGUCACGUCGGUCUCACAGGGUCGGAGGUGGACGAGGCUCUGCUGGAUCUGCUGCUGGCCUACGUCCAGGAUCCCAGCUCCAGCAGCGUCAUCGACAGGCUCCAGGCCCUGCAGCUGCAGCUCGCAAGGGAAGGUCGAGAGGUUGAGCCCGAACACACCUGGCUGGCUGAGAUGAUCCAGCAUUGGAGCAGCAUCCCCCCGGAAGAGCAGGGCCAGUUCCUGGAAUACCUGGUGUAUAGCUUCACGAGAGAAGAGGAGACCCCUGUAGGCAGUGAGAGGAGUGGCCCGAUGAUGCAGUGCAGAAUGUACAGUCCGAUGAGCACCGUGAAGAACAUCUUCCAGUCUUUGACGAAGUCUUACUAUUUUAUGACUAAAACUGCAUUGUGCUGUUACAAGUGGGAAUGGGGGACCAUCCACAACUUCCUGUACAGACAUGGUGCCAUCGCCGACAAGACCAUGCGCAGCCGGGAGCUCCUGCACCUGGUGGACGCGGGCUUUGCCAUCAACACCCCCUACCCACUCGUGCUGCCCCCCUCGCGCAAGGCUCAGCUCAUCCUCUCCUUUGACUUCAGCGCCGGCGAUCCUUUUGAGACCAUCAGGGCUACGGCUGACUACUGCCACCGCCACAAGAUCGCCUUCCCUGCUGUGGAGGAGGCCAUGCUGAAGAAGUGGGCCAAAGCCCCCGACAGCUGCUAUGUCCUGAGAGGGGACGCCGGGCCUGUCGUGAUGCACUUUCCCCUGUUCAACAAGGACACCUGUGGAGAUGGAAUUCAGGAAUUGGUCAGCAAGUACGGCACCAUCAAGCUGGCCAACACCUACACCUUGGAGAAGGUGACACAGCUGCUGGAGUUGUCCAAGAAGAACGUGAGACUGAACACAGAGCGUAUCCUCCAAGAGAUGCAAAAGGCGGCCAGUGCCAAGGAGCCCCCGGCAAGGCUCCGGUCUUACUGCAUGGAGGGCGUGAUGAGGUACCCUUUGGUGAAAGUGGCGGGGGUCAUGGUGGAGGACAAGACGGAGGACGUGGUGGAGGACGUGGUAGAGGACGUGGCGGAGGGUGUCACGGGCUCCCGGGCCGUGAGCAUCGAGAUCACCAACAACACAGACGAGACGUUCACAGACCCCGUGUUCUACUGCCAGAGCGGCCACGCCCGGGAGGCCCCACCCCCCGUGCUGGCUCCCAAGCACACCAUCAGCUGCUCCUUCACGAAGGCGAGCGCCAGCUUCCAGGGCAGCGUGGGCCUGCUGGUCUACCAGGGCAGGGCUGCCCACCUGGCCCUCCUGUUCUCCGUUCCCUUCAGCUACGCCCUGCACAGCAUUGAGUUUGCCGUGGCCGUCCUGGCCGGGCCGGUCUCCACCGCCUCUCUGGAGCACAUGUUCCACAGCAUCAUGCAGGGAACGUCCCCGGAGCUGAAGGUGGCCAGAUGCGCCCUGAAGACCCCCCAGAACACCCUGCAGCUGGAGCACGACUCCCUGACCCUCAGGGCCGUCGUCUCCAACGUCCGCACAGCCAGAAUGAAAGUGGUGGUGGAGCGCAAGGCUUGCCCUGCACACCCACUCACACCACAGUCCUAGCCACAUAAGCAGCAUGGCAGGAGCACGCUGUGUUGGUCUCUCGGAAGCCAAGGGAGGCUCUGAGAACACGAUGGGUGCUCAGUUAGCGCUUGCUGACCAGCUCAGUGAUGGACUGGGCGAGUUUGUCUCAGUCUGCCCGCCCUGCCAGCCGCCGCCCAUGUCCCCCUGCGCUCUGCGGGCACCUCUGGCCCUUCGCUUCCCACCGCUCUCCCGCCCUUUGCUCCCUGCCUCCAUGCGUCCUCCCCGCCACCUUUCCCAGCCCCGGCCUCUGCUGCCCUCCCCCGCUCUGCUCUUCCAUCCGCCUUUCCUUCCGUCCUCUUCGGCGUGGAGCUUGGGACUGAGCUGAGGGCACCAGCUUCCCGCAAGCUCCCCAGGCCCAUCAUGUGGAGGACAGGUCAUCGCACCAUGGUGCCUGUGUCCCUGGGACGCCUGCCCGAGUGUCAAGGCCUUAGAGCCGUGCCUGGCGCGAUCCGUACAGCAGCUAUUCAAAACUUAAAGUGGCCUGGCGCUGUGGCGUAGUGGGUAAAGCCACCCCCUGCAGCACCGGCAUCCCAUAUGGGUGCCGGUUCUAGUCCUGGCUGCUCCACUUCCGACCCAGCUCUCUGCUAUGGCCUGGGAAAGCAGUAGAAGAUGGCCCAAGUCCUUGGGGCCCUGCACCCACAUGGGAGACCUGGAAGAAGCUCCUGGCUCCUGGCUUUGGAUGGGCCCAGCUCCGGCCAUUGGUGGGGUGAACCAGCGGAUGGAAGAUCCCCCUCCCUCUCUCUCUCUGCAUCUGCUUCUCUGUAACUCUGCCUUUCAAAUAAAUGAAUUUUUAAAACAAAAUAAAGUGGUUGGAUGGUGUCCUCCAACACACGUUGACGUGGGAACCCCAAUGCGUGUGAGUGUGGCCGUCCACACGUGAGCAGUUAUGGUGAAAUCAUCAGAGUGGUCCCAGUCCGCUGUGGGGGGCAUCCUUACAGAAACGGAGGUGUGGACACAGAGACGGACACGCACACAGGAGGAGCGCCGCGUGACUGCCCCGUCACUACUGCGAUGCUGCAUCCCCAAGCCAUGGAGCCCCCACGGUUGCCAGCAGACCACCAGCCGUCCCACUCUGCCCCGCGGGAACUCAGAAGUCCCUGUCGCCUUUGGCCGCGUCUCCCCAGUCUCUUCCAGCUCGAAUAGUUCCUCAACCUUUCCUUGACUUUUGUGACCUUGAUAUCUGCGGAGCUAACCGGCCAGCUACUUUGCAGAUCCUGCUUCCAAUCCGGCCUCUCCGAAGUCGUCUUAGUAUCACAAAAGCAGUGCCAUGUUCUUGUCAUGCUCUAUGGGGCAGGGCCAAAUUUUGACUUGCCACAUAACUGACAAAGUUUAUUUUAAUCAUUUGAGAUGAUAUCUACCAGAUUUUCCCACCAUAAAACGAUUCUUU